AUGGGUCUACUCACUAUCAUCAAGAAACAAAAGGCGAAGGAUCGGGAGAUCCGUGUGCUCAUGUUAGGAUUGGAUAAUGCUGGGAAAACUACAAUUGUUACAACCAUGCUUGGAGGACUGAUCUCAACAGUAUCUCCCACCAUGGGAUUUCAAAUUAAAACUGUGACAUAUAAUCAACACAAUUUGAAUAUUUGGGAUGUUGGUGGACAAACAACUCUCAGAGGUUUUUGGGGGAACUACUUUGACAAGACUGACGUGGUGAUCUGGGUCAUUGACGCUCUUAGUACUGAACGUCUUGAAGAAUCCUUCCGUGAGUUACAAGAAAAAGUCGUUCAACAGGAUAGAUUAAGUGGAGUUUGCCUUGCAGUAGUGGUAAAUAAAAUAGAUCUUCUAUCAUCAGAACUCGAUAUACAGAAUUUACUUACAAAUAUAAAUGGUGUACUAAACCUACACGACCAAAUAUCUGACCGCGAAAGAUGGGCAAUAUUCCCAGUUAGUGGUAAAACCGGUACUGGAGUGAAAGAUGUUCUAGAUUGGGUAUCAGCUCGUGAAUACUAUUAA